UGCGAAUAGACACAGCGUAGAAAUUAAACGUCAAAAUGUCUAACGCUCAAGUCAAGCGAAAGGCUGAUGCUCCGAUUCCAGCUGAGGAAAGUGAUUUACUAGUCGUCAGGCCUCUUGGGGCUGGACAGGAAGUAGGUCGAUCCUGCAUCAUGCUGGAGUUCAAAGGCAAAAAGAUUAUGUUGGAUUGCGGUAUUCAUCCAGGAUUGAGUGGAAUGGACGCGCUGCCAUUCUUGGAUCUUGUGGAAGCGGACGAGAUUGAUCUACUUCUGAUCUCGCAUUUUCACUUGGAUCAUUGUGCAGCUCUACCCUGGUUCUUAACAAAAACAACUUUCAAAGGCAGGUGUCUCAUGACACAUGCCACUAAGGCUAUUUACAGAUGGCUAUUAUCAGAUUACAUCAAAGUCAGUAACAUUGCUACUGAACAGAUGCUUUACACCGAGGCUGAUUUGGAGUCCAGUAUGGAUAGGAUUGAAACUAUCAACUUUCACGAAGAAAGAGAUGUAUCUGGUAUUAAAUUUUGGGCCUACAAUGCUGGUCACGUUUUGGGUGCCGCUAUGUUUAUGAUUGAAAUUGCAGGUGUAAAAAUUUUGUACACGGGAGACUUUAGUCGACAAGAAGAUCGGCACUUGAUGGCUGCAGAAAUACCAAAUGUGCAUCCAGAUGUUUUAAUCACAGAAUCCACUUAUGGCACUCACAUCCACGAAAAACGCGAGGAUCGUGAGAGUCGUUUUACAAACUUGGUGCAUGAAAUCGUUAACCGUGGCGGCAGGUGUCUUAUUCCUGUAUUUGCAUUGGGCCGAGCGCAAGAAUUACUUUUGAUUCUGGACGAGUAUUGGAGCCUGCACCCAGAAUUGCACGAGAUUCCGAUAUACUACGCAUCGUCUUUGGCAAAAAAGUGCAUGGCCGUUUACCAAACGUACGUAAACGCGAUGAACGAAAAGAUUCGAAAACAAAUCGCCAUCAAUAAUCCGUUCGUCUUCAAGCACAUAUCGAAUCUCAAGGGCAUCGAUCACUUUGACGACAUUGGGCCGUGCGUGGUCAUGGCAUCACCAGGUAUGAUGCAAAGUGGCUUGUCGCGCGAGCUAUUCGAGUCGUGGUGUACCGAUUCCAAAAACGGAGUGAUCAUUGCCGGUUAUUGCGUGGAAGGAACCCUGGCCAAGACGAUACUCUCCGAGCCCGAAGAAAUACAAACAAUGAGCGGCCAAAAGCUGCCGCUAAAGAUGUCCGUGGAUUAUAUUUCGUUCUCAGCUCACACGGACUACCAGCAGACCUCCGAAUUCAUACGAAUACUCAAACCGCUGCACGUCAUCCUCGUGCACGGUGAACAAAAUGAAAUGAGUCGCUUGAAGGCUGCCCUACAGCGCGAAUACGAGGACGACCCCAACACAACGAUCGAAAUUCACAAUCCUCGCAAUUCUGCGGCAGUGGAGCUUUACUUCAGAGGCGAGAAAACGGCGAAGGUGAUGGGCACAUUGGCCGUGGACAAACCCAAACCCGGACAGAAAUUAUCUGGAGUGCUGGUCAAGCGCAAUUUUAACUACCAUCUGCUGGAUCCGUGUGACUUGUCCAAAUACACCGAUAUGAGUAUGAGCCAGGUGGUGCAGAGGAUGAGCAUUUAUUAUUCAGCAUCGUUACCCACCCUCAAACACCUGCUCACUCAAAUAGCUGGAAACAUCGACAUGAUCGACGACAGGAAGAUGCGCAUCUUCAAGAACGUAGACGUGACGGUGGAAGGCAAGAUAGUGACGCUCGAGUGGAUGGCUACUCCCGUGAACGACAUGUAUGCCGACGCGGUGCUCGCCGCGCUCCUACAAGCCGAAACUAUGGAUAGCAACCCAAAAAUGCUGGCUGCACCCACCAAGAUGGACAGGAUGCAUUUCAAGGAAUGUCUCAUCGAGAUGUUGCAGGAGAUGUUUGGGGAGGACUCGGUUCCCAAGAUAUUCAAGGGCGAAAAGCUCUACGUCACGGUGGACAAUAAAAAAGCUCACAUCGACUUGGUUACACUUGACGUCGCGUGCAAUGAGGACGAGACGUUCCAGCAGAUCGUCAAGACCGCGGUUUCGAAGCUACAUCAGUCGCUGGCACCACCGUCCGACUCCACGCCGUCUCAAAAAUUAUGAUAGUUAAGUUGGAAGCCUCAGAUCAAUUAGAAUUUCACUAAAGUAUCUUUUUAAACUACGAUUUUUAUGUAUAUACACAUGUUUGAUAAAAAUGUGACUAAAAAAGUAAAAUAAAGUCAACAAGCUUUUUUGUAU